GUCUCCAGUACGUGGUGUCCGAAACGUCCAAUCGUAGAAACCGGAUGAAGGAUGGAGCUAACUCAGCCUUUUCAUUGGUCGAGACAAGCAGAACUGCCAAAGCUUUGCUUGAAAUUAGAACACUGCCACGUAAUAUGUGAGCGCUGGUAAUGAAUAGCAGAUGAACAUAGCAGCGACAAAGCAUGAACGAAAGGAACAACCAUUGGGAAUAAAUAACUAUGUAAUGUAUUUAGACCAAGAUCGAUUGUUUACUGUCGUCCUGCAGUAACAGUGACCUUGGAUUUUUUGGUAGACCGGAAGGUUCUGAAACCUACAUGUUCUUUAUUCACUUGAAUAAGGUCGAUUCCACUUCGCAAUGGAUUUCAUUCUGAGCGGGGUUGCUGCAUGUGGCGCUUGCCUGUUCACUAACCCACUGGAAGUUGUCAAAACUCGGAUGCAAUUGCAGGGAGAGCUUAAAAGCCGAGGGACAUACCAGAUUCACUACCGCAACGUUUUUCAUGCAUUUUAUACUAUCGGCAAAGUAGAUGGACUCGCUGGUUUACAGAAAGGUUUAGUACCUGGACUUGUCUAUCAGUUUUUCAUGAAUGGAGUGAGGCUUGGGUCCUUUUCAGUCAUCGAGUCAUCUGGAUACAGUCAUACUGACGGGAGGGUAAGCGCAGUCAAGACUGCAGUAGCAGGUGCUGUCGCUGGAGUAGUGGGGGCAGUGAUGGGAAGUCCUAUCUACUUGGUGAAGACUCACCUUCAAAGUCAAGCUGCUUCAUCGAUAGCUGUUGGACAUCAGUAUCAACAUCAAGGUAUGUUCCAGGCUCUGGUAGCAAUCCACAAACAGCAUGGAAUCCUGGGCCUGUGGAGGGGUUCCAGUGCAGCUGUUCCCAGGGUCAGUGUUGGGUCAGCCUCUCAACUCUACUCCUUCACCGCGUCCAAGGAGCUUGUCGCCGAUUUACAGGUGUUCUCAGAAGGCAGUUGGCUGGUGGCCCUGAGUGCAGGUAUGAUCAGCAGUAUUGCGGUGGUGGCGGCGAUGACGCCCUUCGAUGUGAUCAGCACACGCCUCUACAACCAACCUGUUGAUCAUGCAGGAAAGGGAGUGCUGUAUAACGGAUUUGGAGAUUGCUUCUCGAAGACACUCAGAAAGGAGGGCAUGACAGGGCUGUACAAAGGCCUGGGUGCUUCCUACUUCCGCCUGGGGCCACAUACUAUUCUGUCUCUACUGUUCUGGGACGAAUUAAGAAAGCUCUGGCAAAAACACAGAUAGCGGCUAUCAGCCAGAACAAGAUCAGGUGACACUCACUCUCAGGCCUUUGCUCCAGAGCAUUUGUAAAGCUAGUCACGUCACCUAGAACAUUUUGUUGUUUGUUACUGUCAUGAAUUUGGAAGAAGACCAACACUACCAUGGGUCCCUUUGAAAUAGAUGCAGAUUACAUAUUUGUGAAAAGCACAUGGGGAAAAUAGUCCCCCUUGUGUUCAUUAUGCAAUUUCCUUCAUAACGUAUGCAUGUACAUUGUAGACAUUUUUAUGUUUUUGGGUAACUUUAGCUAGGUGGCAAAUUUUAGCAAGACUCAACCAGUAUCUGGGUGAAAGAGUCAAUAAUAGUGACUUACAGAACCUGGAUUGCUAACUUUUGUUUCCCCAUUACACAGCUCUGCAAGUGUUAUCUCAAAAUACACCACUCACCAAUCAUGCAGUUUAGCUGGGCAACUUUUUACUGCCAUUACUGCUUACAAAUAUUUCCAAAAAAGUCUGAAUAGAAAUGUACAAGUGACCAAAUUUCUUGUAUACAGUGUAUCUGACCUAUGUGUUGCAAGUGUGGAAGAGGUGGAUUUAGACCAUGCACGCAGUCAAAACCAAUACAUACAGUCAAGUGAAAAAGUAUAAUUCCAACCACAUUCAAUGAUAAAGGUAAACCAAUUUAACAUAUCAAACAUAGCAUGUUUUACAUUUGAAACCAUUUCUGCAAUUCCUAUUGCGGAACACCAUCUUCAAUAGCUGGUGUUGCCCCUAUUUUGCUUAAAUAGCUUCAUCUAGCCAUUUCUUGUCUGUCAGUCUCUUAAAUUGACUGAGGGAUUUCUGCCCACUCUUGCUAUAUGGUAUUGCUUCAACUGUAUCAUGUUCGAGAGCAUUCUUGCAUGCAAUGCCUGCAAAAAAUUGCACCCACAGAAUUUUGAUAGGAUUGAGAUCUGGACUUUGACUCUACCAUUGGAUUAUCCUCCAUUUCUUCUUUUUGAAGCAUUCUGUUUUAUAUUUGGACUAUAGUCCUGUUGCGAAAUCCACAUUAGUUUCAGC